UUGUCUCCCAGCCUCGGAAUCAAGCUGGGGUGUGGGAUGGAGUUUGGAAGUGAGUAUCUGUCCGAUGGAUAAGAGUUGGGAAUUUCAGGAAUAUUUGGGAUACUAAGCAGGGCCUGUCCACUGCCCUCUCCUGCUGGACUGUCACAGCAGCCUCCUGCCUGGGCCCCCUGCCCUGCUCUUGCUGCUCCCCUCCAACCCCAGUCUGUUCCACAGGGGCACUGCUAACACCCGACUCAGAUCGUGCCCCUCCUCUGCUCAGAACCCUCCCGCGGCUCCACCUUGCUCAGAGAUCCUCACCGCGAGGCCCUACACCAGCUGGCCCCUGUCUGCCCUAAACGACCUUGGAGUGUACCCUGAGGCCAGGCUUGGUGUACAACAAGGUGAACCCCAUCUUCCACCACUGGAGCCUGGGUGAAUGCAAAUUUGGGCUGACGUUUCAGAGUCCUGCAGAGGCCGAUGAGUUCCAGAAGAGCCUGCUGGCAGCACUGGCUGCGCUGGGUCGAGGCUCACUCACUCCCUCCUCUUCCUCCUCCUCCUCCUCCCCUUCCCAGGACACCGCAGAGACACCCUGCCCUCUGACGUCCCACGUGGACAGCGACUCCUCCUCCAGUCACAGCCGCCAGGAGACGCCUCCCACCACCGCGGCCCCCAUCGUCACGAUGGAGUCUGCUUCUGGCUUCGGGCCGGCCAUGUCCCCCCAGCGUCGCCGCUCCUCGGCUCAGAGCUACCCUCCGCUUCUACCGUUCACGGGGAUUCCGGACCCCUCCGAGCCCCUGGCCGGGGCCGGAGGCCCGGGCUGGGGCGGCCGUGGCUACGAGGAUUACCGGCGCUCUGGGCCGCCGGCUCCCCUUGCCCUGUCCACCUGCGUCGUGCGCUUCGCCAAGACCGGCGCGUUGAGGGGCGCAGCCCUGGGGCCCCCAGCGGCACUACCUGUCCCUCUGACCGAUGCUGCACCUCCAGCGCCCCCGGCUCGCCCGCCCCCGGGCCCGGGCCCAGGCCCUGCGCCGGCCAAGGCCUCCCCGGAGGCGGAGGAGGCUGCGCGCUGCGUGCAUUGCCGCGCGCUGUUCCGCCGCCGAGCAGACGGGCGUGGUGGCCGCUGCGCCGAGGCCCCGGACCCGGGUCGCAUACUGGUGCGCCGUCUCAGCUGCCUGUGGUGCGCGGAGAGCUUGCUCUACCACUGCCUGUCGGACGCCGAGGGCGACUUCUCGGACCCGUGCGCCUGCGAGCCAGGCCACCCGCGCCCAGCCGCGCGCUGGGCUGCGCUGGCCGCGCUCUCCCUGGCCGUGCCCUGCCUCUGCUGCUAUGCGCCCCUGCGCGCGUGCCACUGGGUCGCAGCGAGAUGUGGCUGUGCCGGCUGCGGGGGUCGCCACGAGGAGGCUACACGGUGAGGACGGCCUGGAGGGUCCCGUAGCCAGACCGAGGACCCAAAAUGGAGGGUCCAGGACCCCGGACUCCAUUUGGACCUAAAACCCAAACCUAGGCACAUCCGGAACUUGGAGCUUGCGUUUGGAUUGAGAGAUCCCAGACUUGGAACCUGGACCCCAAACCUAGGACUGAGAGACCCCAGACCCAGCUUCAUUGGGAUGUCUGUCCAAGAGGUCCCGGGCAUCCUGAGUUCUGGCGUUCCCCCGUCUCGCCGCCCCCCACCCCCCAGGAGGCUCCAGGCAUCCCCAGACUGUACGUCAGAAGAGCCAGGAGCACACAGAUCCCUGAGAGACACAGGACCCUGAACCCUAACUUCAUGUUCAAGUUACCAACUCAGAUCCUGGUCACGCCUGGCACCAUGAUCCUCAGAUUACGACCCCAGAAUUAGGAGUUGCCAAUACCUAACCCUGCCUGUAUCCAAUUACUCCCAGAUCUUGAGACCAUAGGACCCAGAAUUACCCCCAGCUGGUCCCUGAACGUUCCCCUAAGACCUGGUGCACCCUCAUCUCAGAUGUUUUUGUAGCCCUACAAGUUCUGAGACAUCAAACCCUCCUGGGUUUGAGAUUUCAUUAUGUUCUGGAAUCGCCAGAUACUGGCUCCAAGUCUACUCGCUACUGAGUGCCCACAGACCCCCAAGACCUAGCCUCAGGUUCAGAAACACUGAGGUCUAAAAUGUCCAGGUAACCCCCAGAUGUCCUAGGACCCCAGACUCUUGGGAUGCACUGAGUCCUUGUAUACGCUCAAAUAUGAGAUGUUCUCUGCCCAAAAUGACUUGGGAGACCCACCCCAGAGCCCCCCAGAUCCAGAUAUUGGACACCAAAAUGCUCUGGGAGCCAGGGACCAAAGACCUUUGUAGACCCACCCCUCCCAAACCAGUGUUCUCAGGAGUCUUGGAUUUCAUACAUAGGACUCUGAGGUGCCUGGUAUCCUCAAGGUGUUUCGACUGAAGGCCACCAACACCUCAGGGCCCAAGAUACUGGUCUCACAUCCUCAAAUAGCCCUCUUCCAGUCCACUUUGGUCCUUGAUUUUGAGACCCAAAAUGUCCUGGAAUCUUUGGCUUCCUUCUUCCCACAGAUCCCCAAUUCCUUAAAAGCUGGGGUUCCAGCUCCCAGAGGAUGGGUUGGUCAUGGUAACUUAGACCUCUGACCCCUUGGCCCUCAGCCCUUGAGUGACCCCAAGGUGCUUUAGGAGUGCUGAAUCCAAGACCCCAAGGUGCCAUUGACGCCCCCAGAUGCAGGAUUCAAGCCCUCACAACGUUGGGAUUGUUCCUGAUCCAAGACCUUGGUCCCUCCGUACCAGAGACAUUCAGAUUUGAGGUGCCCCAGGACCCCAGCACUCUCAAACCCCAGAUUUCUUUGACUCAAACCUCUCUAGCCUGAUGAAGCCCUCCAGAUGCCUCUAUCCCUGAUUCCCCAGGCCUCUUGUGUGCAUCCCCUGAGACCUGCCACCCCUUGAAUCCUGUGUCUGUAGGCCCCUGAGACCACAAGGUCCCAGACUCUUGAAUUCUGGUCCCCAGGACCUCAGCCCAAGCCUCUCAGCCAUCCUCAGAGUUACCCCUUUAUCCACUAUUUUUAACUCAUAUUCCUAGAUUUUAGAACACCUGGGAGUUCCCCCACUCCCACCUCUAGGACCCAUCAUUGCCACAGAUAAUUGUGCAGGCUGUUCACUAAGCAAGGCAACAGCCAGGGGUUGAGUGGGGCUGGAACUCACAAGCUGGGCCCUCAGCAAGAGGCUGCACAACUGCUCCUCUUGGGCUAGCUAUGGCUCUGCUCAGACCCCCCUUUCCCCCACCGCUCCCCAGUCCCCAGCCUUGCAGACCCUCCUCCACGCCCAACCUUGAGCCCUAGCCCUGGUCCAAGUCCCUCCUUUUAUGUUCUGCCUCCCCAUUAACCCCUUCUCUUCCAUCUCCGAGGGGGAUGUUGCUGCAGAAAGUUUGAGAGCCUGUUUCAUGGCUCUCUUCUGGGCAAGGGGAUGCCACACUCUCUUUCCUCUAAGUGGAAUGGGACUUCUUAGGUGUAUUCCCCUAAGUGGAAUAGGAAUGUACCUAAGGUCUGGUGUCCUGUAUUGGGGGAGGGGUUCAAAGUCUUGGAGCAAGACAGUCUCAACGUUUGGGCUUGGGACCUGCAUCUGGUCCCCAAGCAUUUGGAAAUGUGCACUUCCCUUUCUUCAUUACCCAGACUUGGAUGGCCUGGCAGGGGUUCAAGGGAUAGGUUUUUCUGUCACUUCUUUUAAAUUAUUAACUAUUUAUUACAUCCGGAACCUGUGAGAUUCAGCUCUCCCAACCAGACCCUGGGAUGGGUGAGAGAAAAGGGGGUGGGGUGUCCCUCCCAUCCCCACUCUGCCCAGCUCUCAUCACUGUCAGACCCACCAGAGCUGAGGGUGGAGGGACUGGGGGCUGGGGCAGCCUGGGUCCCCCUCCCCCUCUCUGUGCCUCGGUCUCCCCCCUUCCGUGGUGGGCGGGGGGAAGCUCCAUUCUUAACCUACCUCGUUUUGGGGAGGGGUGGGACGGGGGUGCCAGAGUGCUGUAUGGUGCUGUGGGAUGCAGAUGAAGCAGUGGGGGCUGGGGAAAGAUUCCCCGGCACCACCUCCCAGCAGCACCUCUCCCAGGUCUCCCAGUCCUGCUCCCUGCUGGUACCCACCUCUGAUCCAUGAUUACCCUCCAUUGCCCCCAGAUCUGGGGUACAUGGAGGGUUGACCCUGGGACCCAGGAAGACCUCAGACCCUGGAGCAUCCAGGCCCAAUUUCCCAGCUGCUUACCCCUCAGAUUGGAUGCUUGGUCCCCAGACUUGGGGGAGGCACCCCAACAUUUAUCUUCCUGAUCUUGAUUCCAAGCCAGUCUGUGACCUCACUAUUGUCAAUGUCAGUGCAGGCUGAAAUGGUGGGGGAGGAUGGGGGCCAAAGACCCAGCCUUGUCAUCAGGGGAGGGGGGCAUGAGAUCUGCUCCAAGAAAUGUCUGUGACAAAGUCUCA